AUGCGCAGUGCUCCCGCUGCGUGUGCUCCGGUCCGGCAGCGCCGCCUCGGGGAAGGCUAUGGCGGAGGCCGGCGGGGAGGUGGUGGCGGUGUCCACCUCGGGUGCGGCCAAUGGUUUCAGCAACGGGGCAGGCACGACCUCCGCACAGCCUAACAACCCGCUGUCGCGCAAGCUGCACAAGAUCCUGGAGACGCGGCUGGACAACGACAAGGACAUGUUGGAGGCUCUCAAGGCACUUUCAGCCUUUUUUGUUGAAAAUAGUUUAAGGACUCGAAGAAAUUUACGUGGAGAUAUUGAACGUAGAAGUUUAGCCAUCAAUGAAGAAUUUGUGAGCAUUUUCAAGGAAGUGAAGGAGGAACUGGAAAGCAUCAAUGAAGAUGUCCAAGCCAUGAGCAGCUGUUGUCAAGACAUGACAAGUCGCUUACAGGCCGCAAAAGAACAGACUCAGGAUUUAAUAGUAAAAACCACUAAGCUUCAAGCCGAAAGUCAAAGAUUAGAAAUAAGAGCACAAGUUGCAGAUGCCUUUUUGUCCAAGUUCCAGCUGACACCUGAUGAAAUGAAUCUUCUCCGAGGCACUAGAGAAGGUCCCAUUACUGAGGAUUUCUUCAAGGCGUUGGGAAGAGUAAAACAGAUUCAUAAUGAUGUCAAAGUUCUUUUGAGAACCAACCAGCAGACAGCAGGUUUGGAAAUUAUGGAACAGAUGGCCUUGCUUCAAGAAACAGCUUAUGAAAGACUUUACCGAUGGGCUCAGAGUGAAUGCAGAACACUGACACAAGAGUCAUGUGAUAUAUCUCCAGUAUUAACUCAGGCCAUGGAAGCCCUGCAAGAUAGGCCUGUUCUGUAUAAGUAUACCUUAGAUGAAUUUGGAACAGCCAGGCGAAGUACAGUUGUUCGUGGGUUUAUUGAUGCUCUUACAAGAGGAGGCCCAGGAGGUACACCUAGACCCAUUGAAAUGCACUCCCAUGACCCUUUGAGGUACGUGGGAGAUAUGCUGGCAUGGCUCCAUCAAGCUACUGCUUCUGAAAAGGAACAUCUGGAAGCUCUCGUGAAGCUCGUAACCACACAGGGUGUUGAAGAAAAUAUUCAAGAAGUUGUUGGGCAUAUCACUGAGGGUGUGUGUAGGCCUCUAAAGGUUCGAAUUGAACAAGUAAUACUUGCUGAACCUGGGGCAGUUUUAUUAUAUAAAAUUUCCAAUCUCCUCAAAUUUUACCACCAUACAAUCAGUGGCAUCGUUGGAAAUAGUGCAACUACUCUAUUGACAACCAUUGAAGAAAUGCACUUGCUGAGCAAAAAAAUAUUCUUCAACAGCUUGAGUCUUCAUGCAAGUAAAUUGAUGGACAAGGUUGAACUGCCACCACCUGAUCUUGGCCCUUGUUCUGCACUGAAUCAGACCCUCACAUUGCUGCGGGAAGUGCUGGCAUCACAUGAUUCCUCAGUCGUUCCACUGGAUGCUCGUCAGGCUGACUUCGUACAGGUUUUAUCAUGUGUCUUAGAUCCUCUCCUCCAGAUGUGUACUGUAUCAGCCAGCAAUUUAGGCACAGCUGACAUGGCCACGUUCAUGGUCAACUCUCUGUAUAUGAUGAAGACAACACUGGCUCUGUUUGAAUUCACUGACAGGCGCCUGGAAAUGCUACAGUUUCAGAUCGAAGCACAUUUGGACACUCUUAUAAAUGAGCAAGCCUCUUAUGUUUUAACUAGGGUUGGCUUGAGUUAUAUCUACAACACCGUACAACAGCAUAAACCUGAGCAGGGUUCUUUAGCUAAUUUGCCUAACCUAGACUCUGUGGCAUUGAAGGCUGCAAUGGUUCAGUUUGAUCGUUAUCUUUCAGCCCCAGACAACCUGUUAAUGCCACAACUGAACUUUCUUCUAAGUGCCACAGUGAAGGAACAGAUCAUAAAGCAGUCUACUGAGCUGGUCUGCAGAGCCUAUGGUGAAGUAUAUUCAGCUGUGAUGAAUCCAGUCAACCAAUACAAAGAUCCAGAGAGUAUUCUACACAGGUCACCACAGCAAGUGCAGACGCUACUUUCCUGAUGAUCCAGCUUGAUUGUAUUAGCAGAAUAUUGUGUCCAACAACACUGAAGGUCUGGGUUUUUAGUCUGUGAAUCUUUAGUUUGAGAAUUAUAGUUUUCCUUUGUAUCAUAAGAUUGUAGGUCCCUAUAAUUUUGUUCAUUCUCAGUGGUUUGGAAAUAAGACAAUAUUGACUUGUGUUAGUGCUGCUCUGUAUCUUCUCUCUGGAUAGCAGUUCUCUUAUUAGCCACCUCUACAUAGCAGCUCUAUAGCUCCCCAUUUUGAGAAUAUAAAUAUAUAGCAAAAAGCAGUGUAUCAGUUACUUUUCCGUUGCUGUAAAACACCAUGACCAGCUUGAAGAAGGAAGAGUUUAUUUGGCUUAUGGUUCCAGAGGGUUAAGAGUCCAUAAUG